GUGGAGUUGCUUUGCAUAUUAAUGAGCCGGGAGCAAGGGCAGCGGGAGGUGUUUUAAAAGAGGACAAGGGGAGGAAAGCGGCGGAGAGCGCAGGCAGCGACAGGGCAGGGAGCUGCUCUCUGCUCUCCUCUCCCUGGUGACAUCCAGCCCCGGGGAAGAAGGGGACGAAGCCGAAGCGAGCAAAUACAUUAAAAUCCUCGGCGUCUCUUUAGGUACCUGCUGCCUCACCAUGAAGCUCCUGACAGCAGCUUUGCUCCUGCUGUUCAUCGCCAUGUGCUUAGCCAGCGCAGAAGGCGUAAAGUGCAAAUGUUCAAGAAAAGGUCCAAAAAUAAGAUUCUCUAACGUACGGAAGCUGGAAAUAAAACCGAGGUACCCAUUUUGCGUGGAAGAGAUGAUUAUCGUGACUCUGUGGACACGGGUGAGAGGGGAGCAGCAGCACUGCUUGAACCCCAAACGCCAAAACACAGUGAGACUGCUGAAGUGGUACAGAGUAUGGAAAGAGAAAGGCAGGGUUUAUGAAGAAUAAGAGGAGGCGGUGUGAGGAAUGGAGCAGACUCCCUUGGCUGGCGUAGGACCGGGCUCUGCAGAAGAUUGUUUCUCUCUCACAGACAUAAGACACAAAUUCUAUAUUAUUAUAAAGCACUUUUUACCAAGGGUCAGUUUUUACAUUUUAUAGCCACGUGCAAAAGGCUUCCAGAUUUCACAAGCAUCUGUUGCACUUCAGAUUUCAUACCCGUCUGCUCUGUACUGAGAUUGGGAAAACUCAUGCUUUUCAUUUUAAGGAGGUUGGGUUUGGGGUUGGUUUUUUUAUUGUUAUUCAUUCAUACUUCACUAUGAUUGCAAUCGAGCUUUAUAAGCUCAUUAGACAAACAGUCAUGUUUGUAAAGGUGUUAUAUAGCCGUGUCCCUCAUCCCUUUCGCAGUGGGAAAGCUUCGGUGCUGUGGUUGUUUGUCAUGUUUGCAGCCUCCACCUUAGUCAGGCAAAGCGGGGACCAAAGAUGAGUUGGCUGGGGAAGAUGCCACUGAAGUGUCGUGGCUGUAACUGCAGAAGUGAGGUCCCUCAGCACAUCGUCAAAGGAGUGUGAACAUCACUUGUGUACCUCUUUGAUGGACUUGAGGUCUUGCUGCAAGGUGAAGCGUACCAUAUCUCCCGUUUAAUGUUUCAUGCAUUAGAAAGCAUUCCUAGGUCAUUUUUAUUACUAAGAAAACGUUUGGGUUUGGUUUUUGGUUUGUUUUGGUUUGGUUUUGUUUUUUUUUUUUUUUUCCCACCUGAAGUUCUUACCUAAAGUUUAUGGCUUCAGUACUGAGACAUUUUAAGCUUCAAGACUAUUGUGUAUGAGUUCCUAGAUUUGUAGCAACAAAAAAAAAAAAAGCCUUUAAAAGGCACCUUUUUAUGAAAAAUAUGAUAGGG